AUGUCUGUUCAUUCUUGUUCCAAUUGCAUUUCUUUUCCUUUGUCGCCCAGCUCACAGAAAAUGAAAUCCUAUCAGAAGCUGACCACAGAUGCCAAUCAAGUCCCGGACGCUGGAGAGGAGAACGUGGAUGGGAGACCACUGUGCCACCAAAAGCUCUCUGCCUGGUGGCUGGGCGGAGGUCUCCUGAUGGUGGCCGCUCUGCUUAGCGGAGUGACCGUUUGGGUCCUGGGCCAGAUUUGGUGGAGUCAACACGGGACGCCCCCCCUGGCCAAGUGCGUCUCCGUCCCGGAAGACCUCCGCUUCGACUGCUACCCAGAAAGGAACACCGUGGUGACGCGGGAACUGUGCGAGGCCCGAGGGUGCUGUUUUGUUGAUAGUGACCAGUCCUCUGGAAGCACCAACGGGGUGCCCUGGUGCUUCUACCCCCCGGAUUUCCCCAGCUACACCUUGGGGAACGUGAACGAGACCGAAAUGGGGCUGGUGGGGUUCCUGACCAGGAAAGCAAAGGCCUAUUACCCAAAAGAUGUUGAGAAACUGCAGCUCAGUGUGGAGUUUGAAACCGAUACCCGGUUACACGUCAAGAUCACCGAUGCCACAUCUCCUCGGUACGAAGUUCCCUUGGAGGUACCUCCGGUGACAAAGAGAGCAGAGAAUCCCAUCUAUACCGUUGAGUUCUCCAAGGAGCCCUUUGGGUUGAUAGUGAAGCGGAAAACGUCAGGGACAGUGCUGUUGAACACGACAGUGGCUCCCUUGUUCUUCGCCGAUCAGUUCCUCCAGAUUUCUACCCUCCUUCCAUCUUUGUACCUUUAUGGUCUUGGGGAGCAUCGAAGUAACUUUGUGCACAGCCUGGAGUGGAACACUUUGACUUUCUGGGCCAGAGAUGUUCCUCCGACGGUAUUGUACUAA